AUGGCCACGUCACAAAAUCACGGUAUCGACUCAUCGAACGACAAAAACAUAACAACAACAACAACAACAACAUCGACGUCAAUCACAGGCAGCUCUGACCGAGCAGAUAUUGGCAAAAUCCUUGCAGAAUUCGGUCUAGAUCCCAGUGAAUAUCUUUUUAAUACUCCGCAAGAAAAAGAACCUGAUCAUCCAUCAGCAUUCACAAAGUAUUCUCCACACUCUCAACCAUUAAUCACACAAUCAGCAACAACUACCACAACAGCCCGUCCACUUGCAUACGUUCAACAGCCUCCACCACCACCACCACCUGUUAUUAAUCGUCAAGCGUCAAAGACACACUCACCAGACGAUAUGACUCAACAAGGAAGUUCUCCGCGUCGAACUCCUCCACCGCCACCAAUUCCUCGUUACAAUGCAACAAGUAGUGAUCCAACUGUAUCAGCUGAGCACUACUUACAUCAAAUCGAUUCACUGGACAAUCCACCUGUAAAAGUUGUCAAACCAAAUUCACAAAACGUUGUCUAUAAGAAAGAAAUUCGUAUUCGCUAUUUGCAACCUCCGACACCUCCGCCACCCGCGCCUAUUAUCAUCCGAGAGAAACAAUUACCACCAAAUCCGCCCGAAUCCCCAUUACUUAUUCGCGAGAAGAAGCCGGAAGCACGUACACCACCACCAUUGAUUAUUCGUGAGCGCCCACCAAGUCCGCCAGCACAUGUCGAACCUUGUAUUAUUGAUAAACCCCUACCACCGCCACCGAUACCACCUCGUCAAAUUAUUAUCGAACGCUUGCCAACACCUCCACCUAAACCUCGAACAGUCAUAUUCGAAAAAUGGUUACCGUACAAAAAAGUCAAACGGCCUAUUCUUUUGCAAAAAGCUCCACCUGUACCACCACCCCCACCAACACGUAACGUCAUCAUCGAAUAUGAACCGUUAAAAGCCUACACAGUCCGUCGAGUGAUUGAAGAAGGUGUCUUUCGCGUGGAUCCUAAUCAAUACACUGAUUAUCAUAAGCAACAUGACGAUAGUGAUGUUCGUAUCGUCGAUCGUAUUGAAGAUUUGCCGCCACCUAGCGCCGAAUUAAUGCGUGUUUUAAAUGAAUAUAAUUCAAGUGCAUCAUCACACAUCGAACAACUAAACGACGUAUUGAAUUCCACAACGGCACCUAUACUUCGACAAGACAGAGUUCUUUCGCCAAGUCGAAAAAUACCAACUCCAAUCACAUCGUUUGAACCUGUUAAAACUACACAAUCGAAAGCGUCAACACCUGCUUCACUUCAACGGACACCUCAUGACAGUGCCUCAGAAUCGAAAGGUGAAGAUAUAUAUUAG